AUGGAAAACGUCAACCGUGAACCGGAGCAGCGAAAUUCGCUAUCUGGAAGCUCCAAACCUGGAAAGGUGGACUUAGAACAUUUCGACGACAAAGAAGUGAAACGGGCAGUCUUUAAGAUGGACCUAACAAUUCUCCCAGUCAUGACUAUAAUCCAGCUAUUUGCGUUAUUGGACCGCUUCAAUCUUGGAAAUGCACGAGUAGCGGGCUUACAGAAAGACCUUGAAAUAACAGAUCAUCAAUACCAAAUUGCUGUUAUGGUUGCAUUAGUACCAUAUAUUCUCAGUCAAUUGCCUGCAAAUCUUCUUCUGCAAAGAGUGGGAUCACACAUACUCAUUCCGAUGCUUGUCAUGAUAAGGGGUGUCAUUGUUGUUGCUGAAGCAUUUUUGACUUCUUUCCGAGGCCUAUUUUCUGCCCAAUUUUUUCUGGGGCUGUUCGAUGGACCGCUUUUUCCUGGCAUUCUUCUCUACUUGUCUGGGUGCUAUACUCGGGAAGAACUAUCCUUCCGUAUUGCUUUGUUCUUCUCGGGUGCAUCGCUUUCUGGCGCCUUUUCGGGCCUCCUAGCAGGUGCUAUUGCAACCAUGGAUGGAGUAGGAAAUAAACCUUCCUGGGCCUGGAUCUUUAUCUUAGAGGGGCUUGUUACCGUCCUCGUCGGACUGGCAGCGUUUUUCCUUAUUCCUGCAACACCUCAAGAAUCCAAGUUUCUAUCAUCUCGACAGAAAAAAAUUGUUGUUCAGCGACUACAACGGGAUCGACCAGUAGCAAAUUUGUUACAUGGAUUUAACAUUAAAGAUGUUCUUUCCGUUGUAGUGUCGCCUCAUGUUCUUAUCUCAUGUGCUAUAACCUUCUUUUUAGGCGUGAACUCCUCUGGUUUGGCCUAUUUUCUGCCCUCUAUGGUCAACCAGCUCGGGUUCAGCCCAAAUGAAACACAACUUCUCAGCGUUGGGCCAUUUGCUGCUGCAUUUGCAAUCACUUUGAUCACAGCAUAUCUAUCUGAUAGGUUCAAUGCUAGGGCAGCAGUUAUUGUUGGAAUAGAGCUGCUUUCUGUUGUUGGAUAUUCAUUUUUUCUUGCAUCCUCUGGAAUAUACGCUUCAUAUGCUGCGUUAUAUUUGAUAACUCCUGGCGCUUAUGCCAUGGUACCAAUCAUAUCUGCGUGGUUUGCGAACAACACCGAACCGCACUAUCGACGAGCUACUAGUAUUGCUUUUGGGAUUAUAUUGAGCAAUUCUGGAGCUGUACUUAGCACAUGGAAUUAUCCUACAAAAGAUGGCCCCAAAUUCCGCAAAACAACAAUCAUGAAUUUGACGUUCUCACUCGUAAUGAUAGUUUUGACGAUCCUCAACGCAAUACUGCUUAGUCGAUCGAAUAGGAAAAAGAAGGCAAGGAAAUCAAAGAUUCUUUCCCCUUAUGCUUCACAAGACGAACCCGAUGGUGGUCCGCGAGCUUGUAGAGAUAUCUCCAGCCUCUGGGCGAUGUCCAACUUCCCCAACCACUUGGAUGUUCUCAUCUUGGCCAUCACUUGGUAUUUGGUAUAA